GUGCUCCGUUACUAAGCAACGGCGAACGCUGUCAGCGUGCUGGCGACUAGCUUGUGUGCCAGCUGGGCUAGGAAGGUUAGCCCCCAGAGCUAGCAGGGCAGAGAGAAACCCUAGACAUGGAUGACGAUGAUGAUCUGGACGAACUCCUGGACGAAGUAGAGAAAAAGUUCUGUCGCGACGUUUCUGUCGCGUCGUCAGCUCGCGGGGUCUCGAGCGAGGCCGGAAAACGUGGAAAAACCACCGACGGUCCGAGAAAACACAGUGCCACGAAACCUGAAGAACCGGUAAGAAGCAUCACUGAGGAUAUUGACGCCCUUCUGGAAGAAUUACUGGAGGAGGACCGCGGUAAUUCACCUCAACCAAAGAGUGAACCAUUUCCUAAAGGACCACAAGUGGAGAAGAAGCCUUCAUCUCAGUCUGGAGGGAGGAAGUGCUGUCCCGUGUUCCUUGGCGGGAGCUCUGUCACAAAUGGUGUUGGAACGGCCACGUCCAAGAGGUCCUGUGACCAGUUGAGGUGUACUUCCUGUGACUUCAGGGUGCUGACGUUUGAUGACUGUGAGUGGGACUUGUCCUGUGAUUACCUGUUCCUCAGGAACAACACGCCGGACCGCCAGAAGCUCGGAGCCAAGCUGAAGAAGAGGAAGGGUGUGCGGGCUUACGCCUGCCAGUGCAGCUGGUUCUCCUCCUCAGAGCCGACAGACCUCAGGGACCAGCCUCAGCUCAGAUGGGUCUGCGGAAAACACCUGGACUGAUUUUCACUCCUAGCUGCUGCAAAGCAAGUGCUAAAACUUCCCAUCCCAGAGUUUAUGAUCACUUACCUGAUAUAACGUCAGCAUGGAGGUAUGCACUGAUAACACUACAAAACAUCUCUAAAAAAGAUUCAAGGUAUCAACGCACUUUUUUAAAGAGCUUUUAGGUUUGAUUUUUAUUGAUCUAAGAAACUUUCUGUAUAAUACGACCAUAUGAUUCAUACGGGAUUUACAUGACGCUGGUCAGUUAUACACAUAUGGAAAUAAUUUUGUACAAACUCUGAAAUUAAAACAGUUCAA